CUCAAUCACGAAUGGGAGAAAACUCGGAGCAUCCACACACAGUCUCAGAUAGUCAAAGCUUGUAAAAAAGGUUUCUGAAACUUGUGAGUCGCUGUUUUCGCUUUACCUUCUCUCUCCCUCCCUCUCUCUAGAAAAUUUUCUAGGGUUUGGUUGUUCUUUGUUUUGGUCACUGUUGUUCGAAGCUCUUUGAUUAGAAGCUCUGAAGUUUGCAAAAUGUGAGUGAUUCGCAGCUACAGCCGCUCAACCAAACCUCCUGUUUGUGCUCACCAAUAUGACCUCGGGUGGUACGAUGCCUUCGGAAAUUGGAAAACCCAGUGGUGAUACUAUGUUUGUUGACAAGCUCCCAGAGGGAAUCAAUGAAAUGAAGAUCCAAGAUGGCAAGGUGGAAAAGGAAAUGGAGGCAACAAUGGUGGAUGGAAAUGGAACUGAAACAGGCCACAUCAUUGUGACAACUAUUGGCGGUAGAAAUGGUCAACCCAAACAGACAAUAAGCUAUAUGGCAGAGCGCACUGUUGGGCAGGGUUCAUUUGGAAUUGUAUUUCAGGCUAAAUGCCUGGAAACUGGGGAAACUGUUGCAAUCAAAAAGGUCUUGCAGGAUAAGAGAUAUAAGAACCGUGAAUUGCAAACAAUGCGCCUUCUUGAUCACCCCAAUGUAGUCUCACUCAAGCACUGCUUCUUUUCAACUACAGACAAAGAUGAACUCUAUCUCAAUUUGGUUCUAGAAUAUGUUCCUGAGACUGUUUAUCGGGUAUCACGACACUACAGCAAGGCAAAUCAGCGAAUGCCCAUGAUAUAUGUCAAACUCUACACAUAUCAGAUUUUUAGAGCUUUGGCAUAUAUUCAUGGUAUAGGAGUCUGCCACAGGGACAUAAAGCCGCAAAACCUACUGGUUAAUCCUCACACUCAUCAGCUCAAACUGUGUGAUUUUGGAAGUGCGAAAGCUCUGGUUAAAGGGGAGCCAAAUAUCUCAUAUAUUUGUUCUCGUUAUUACCGUGCUCCUGAACUCAUAUUUGGAGCAACCGAGUACACAACUGCAAUUGAUAUAUGGUCUGUGGGUUGCGUCCUUGCUGAAUUGCUUCUUGGCCAGCCUCUCUUUCCAGGCGAGAGUGGAGUGGAUCAGCUUGUCGAAAUAAUCAAGGUGCUAGGGACACCAACUCGUGAGGAGAUCAAAUGUAUGAAUCCAAACUAUACAGAGUUCAAAUUCCCACAAAUCAAGGCUCAUCCCUGGCACAAAAUAUUUCACAAGCGGAUGCCCCCUGAAGCUGUAGAUCUUGUAUCAAGACUUCUUCAAUACUCUCCAAACUUAAGGUGCAGUGCGUUGGAUGCCUGUAUCCACCCAUUUUUUGAUGAACUUCGUGAUCCUAAUACCCGACUACCAAAUGGCCGUCCCUUGCCACCUCUUUUCAACUUCAAACCUCAAGAGCUGAAAGGAUCGUCUCUGGAGCUCCUGUCAAACUUGAUACCAGAACAUGCUCGGAAACAAUGCCCCUUCCUUGGUUUUUAG